GUGAAUAGUGAGGAACUAAUUUUAAGUUUUAAUUUAACCAUCAACAUGAAAGAAGGUUCUUCCAAUUCCAUAAUUUCAUUAUAGUUCCUCCAUCUCCUUAUCCCCCAUUCGCAAAAAUCCCCAAUUCGAUUUAGAUCUAUAUUCUAGGGUUUCCAUUUCAUUCUUUUUCAUUAUUCACCAAAUCGUUCCAUCAAGAUGCAGUUCAAAUCAACACAAUCCUCAUUUCGAGAUCGUACACAUGAUUUCCACACCGUUGCAGAGAGAUUGAAGAAAUCACUAUCAUCAUCAUCAUCAGGAUCAGGUCCAAAUGGACCUAGCAGUAGUUCUCCUUAUCCUUCUUCUUCUUCUCCUUCUUCUUCUUCUUCCAGAUCGGAGGAUCCACGAUCUGCCGUUGCAAUUCAAUCAGAAUUUAAUCGGAGAGCUUCCAAGAUUGGUUUCGGAAUUCAUCAAACCUCUCAGAAACUUUCCAAGCUAGCCAAAUUGGCGAAAAGGACUUCGGUUUUUGAUGAUCCAACUAUGGAAAUUCAAGAAUUAACAAGUGUUAUUAAGCAAGAUAUUACUGCACUUAACUCUGCGGUUGUGGAUCUUCAAUUAGUCAGCAAUUCAAGAAAUGAGAGUGGAAAUGUUUCUACCGACACAACUAGCCAUUCAACUACCGUUGUCGAUGAUCUAAAGACUCGAUUGAUGAGUACUACCAAAGAGUUUAAAGAUGUUCUCACAAUGCGAACUGAGAACUUGAAAGUGCAUGAGAAUAGAAGACAAUUGUUUUCGGCAAAUGCUUCUAAGGAUUCUGCAAAUCCUUUCAUCCGUCAACGUCCGUUAGCUACAAAAUCGGCUGCUAGUUCUUCUAAUGCCCCUGCACCUCCAUGGGCUAGUGGCAACUGCAGUUGAACCCUAUUUUUGCAUCGAUUAUGGUGAUGGAAGGUCUUUCAAAACUCCUGUUGCAACUAUGGAAAGACCUGAAGUGUUUAAGUGGUCACAAAUGGAAGAUACUCUUGAUUUCGACAUUCCACGUGGAGCGGACGAAGUUCAUUUGUUUCUUGUGGACAGGCUUACCGAUACUCGCUGGGGAUUGUACAAUAUGGCAGUAUCUGAGUUGAAUCGCUCUCCACUACCAGAGGUUCAAUUGGAGGUUAUCUCUGAUCCGAUAACCGGAUCAUUGCAUCCAUUAACACGCGGAGAUCUCUUUCUCGGAGCAAAGUUAACAUUUGCAUAUGAUUUUUUUCCCACGGUAGGUAAACUUAACAUAUGAUUUCUAUUUAUAUAUGUUGUUUGGAUAGUUUAGAUUAAAUUGCUUAUGAAUGUGCCAAACAUAUACAGAUUGUAUUUGUUAACAAUAUGUGGUUGAUUUGAUUUGUUUCAUUUGGUUGUCUUGUAUUUUAGGUAUAUACUACUUGUAGGAAGUUCGGUCUCGAUUCAAACUUCUUGGCCUUGGCCUUGACUCCAGAAGCUACCGAUCCUAAUGAUUCUUUUUAUCUUAAAUUUGAUGGCUGGCCAUAUGGAAACCUUACCAGGAAUGGCAUUGGGCCAUUCAGCUCUCUAGAAGAUGUUACUGGCCAAGGCUAUAUUUGGUCUCAUUGGGCACCUGGACCUGGUGUACCUGCGGAGCUUGGAGUGUUUAAUGAAUCAACCAAGAAUUACAUUACAAUUGAUGUCUACCGUGCUGCAGAUGACACAGUAUCAGCAACCGGAGUGUGAGUAUCAACAUAACUUAAUGUUACUUAUUAUUUCAAACUCAAGGGAAUGUCAACUAGUUAAAAAUUGUUCCUAGGAAUGAGCAUAUAUUUCAUUUUUCACAUAAAUGUCUCGUUUUCAUUUAGUAAGUUCUUUGUGUAGUGUAUGUGAAGUAUUGGAAGUAACACUAUAGAUUGAUUACGUCUUAAUUGAUGUACUUUCUUCUAUUCUCUGUCUUGCUAAGUGGUUGGUGGUAGUUGUUCAUUGGUGGUAUUGGACACUGGUAUGCUCUUAAUAAGGAAAAUAGAUGAAGGACUUAAAAUGUCAUGGCUCUAGCUACUUAAGAUACACAUUGGUUUAUAAAUAUUAUGAAAUCAUGUUGUUUUACUAGUGUAUUACCAUGUUCUCUGUGAUGUAUUUUUUAGACCCAUGAAAUCAUGUUGUUUUACUUAUGGAAGUUGUAAAUUUGAGUAAUACUAUGAAAUUAGAAAUAUUUUGGGAUGCAUUAUUGGUAUCUUGUAUAUGAAAUUGUUUCUUGUAACUUAAAGAUGAGAGCCCGUAUAAGAAGAAAGAUGACAAGAGGUUGGUUUUGGAAAUUCCGGGUUCACUCUAUAUAAUUUAGCAUCGUAGUCUAUAUUGUACCAUUUGAAAUUUCAAGUCACAAACUUUGAGGUUUCAAGAAAUAGGUGUAAAGGUGUAAAUAGGUGUACAAUAUAGACUACGAUGCUAAAUUAUAUAGAGUGAACCCGGAAUUUCCAAAACCAACCUCUUGUCAUCUUUCUUCUUAUACGGGCCCUCAUCUUUAAGUUACAAGAAACAAUUUCAUAUACAAGAUACCAAUAAUGCAUCCCAAAAUAUUUCUAAUUUCAUAGUAUUACUCAAAUUUACAACUUCCAUAAGUAAAACAACAUGAUUUCAUGGGUCUAAAAAAUACAUCACAGAGAACAUGGUAAUACACUAGUAAAACAACAUGAUUUGAUAAUAUUUAUAAACCAAUGUGUAUCUUAAGUAGCUAGAGCCAUGACAUUUUAAGUCCUUCAUCUAUUUUCCUUAUUAAGAGCAUACCAGUGUCCAAUACCACCAAUGAACAACUACCACCAACCACUUAGCAAGACAGAGAAUAGAAGAAAGUACAUCAAUUAAGACGUAAUCAAUCUAUAGUGUUACUUCCAAUACUUCACAUACACUACACAAAGAACUUACUAAAUGAAAACGAGACAUUUAUGUGAAAAAUGAAAUAUAUGCUCAUUCCUAGGAACAAUUUUUAACUAGUUGACAUUCCCUUGGGUUUGAAAUAAUAAGUAACAUUAAGUUAUGUUGAUACUCACACUCCGGUUGCUGAUACUGUGUCAUCUGCAGCACGGUAGACAUCAAUUGUAAUGUAAUUCUUGGUUGAUUCAUUAAACACUCCAAGCUCCGCAGGUACACCAGGUCCAGGUGCCCAAUGAGACCAAAUAUAGCCUUGGCCAGUAACAUCUUCUAGAGAGCUGAAUGGCCCAAUGCCAUUCCUGGUAAGGUUUCCAUAUGGCCAGCCAUCAAAUUUAAGAUAAAAAGAAUCAUUAGGA